GUAUUAGCCAGAGAUGGUCCAAACGCUCUGUCCCCACCAAGAACCACUCCAGAAUGGGUGAAAUUCUGCAAGAAUCUCUUCGGCGGUUUCGCCCUUCUGCUUUGGGGUCUCACAAAGGCAAAAGCAGCUGAAGUAUUAGCCAGAGAUGGUCCAAACGCUCUAUCCCCACCAAGAACCACUCCAGAGUGGGUGAAAUUCUGUAAGAAUCUCUUCGGCGGUUUCGCCCUUCUUCUUUGGCUGUAUCUUGGUAUUGUAUUGAUGACUGUUGUCGUAAUUACCGGUUGCUUCCAAUACUAUCAGGAAAGCAAAUCCAGCAAGAUUAUGGAAUCCUUUAAGAGCAUGGUCCCUACUUUCGCCCUCGUACAUCGCGAUGGUCAAAAGCAACAAAUUCGGACUGAAGACCUUGUGGUUGGCGAUAUUAUAGAAGUGAAAGGUGGAGAUCGUGUACCAGCUGAUAUCCGCAUUAUCACUGCCUUUGGUUUUAAGGUUGACAACUCCUCUCUAACUGGAGAGUCUGAACCACAAUCGCGAUCACCGGAGUGCACGAAUGAAAACCCUCUGGAAACUCGUAACAUCGCCUUUUUCUCUACAAAUGCUGUUGAGGGCACCGCAAAGGGUAUUGUCAUUUGUACCGGAGAUAGAACUGUUAUGGGUCGAAUCGCUCACCUGGCUUCUGGACUCGAUACUGGAAUGACACCUAUUGCUCGCGAAAUUGAGCAUUUCAUUCAUUUGAUCACUGGAGUAGCUGUGUUCCUCGGAGUUUCCUUCUUCAUCAUUGCUUUCAUCCUAGGAUAUCACUGGCUGACUGCUGUUGUAUUUCUGAUCGGUAUAAUUGUCGCCAACGUACCUGAAGGUCUGAUCGCUACCGUAACCGUAUGUCUAACCCUGACAGCGAAAAGGAUGGCGAGCAAGAACUGCUUGGUAAAGAAUUUGGAGGCUGUAGAGACCUUGGGAUCAACCUCAACGAUUUGCUCUGAUAAAACUGGAACAUUGACACAAAACAGGAUGACGGUUGCCCAUAUGUGGUAUGUGGUUUUCUUAACAUAGAU